AUGGCGUCGGCCGGGAUCGCCGAUCACAUGCACAUGCUGUCCGAGCUGCAGCGGCUCAAGGCACAAGUCGUCGACGUCGUGACGGCCAACAAGAGCCUUUUGGAGACGACGCGGUCGAUCGAGGCGGAGCUCUCGUCCUUUGCCACGCUUUCGCAGCUGGACGCUGGUCUGAGCCUCAAGGCGUCAACGACGAUGGUGCCAACACAGCUCGACGAGCUCAAGCAGUUUGUUCUCCAAGUACUCACGUCCAAGGCAGAUCUCUCGUUGCUCGACGUCCUGUUGCCCAAGAAGCUCGACACCAGCGUCUUUGAAGCUGCCCAGCGACAGCACACGAAGGAGUACGCGAGGUUCGAAGACACGGUCCGGACGCUCUUCACGUCGUUCGUCUCCGACGUCCAAAGCCACGUGCGGGAGAUUGCAACCGGCAUCGCCGCGCACGAAGUCACGGUGGCGGGUCAUGCGCAGCGCGUCGAGGCGACAAAGGACCAUCUCAGCACCCUCGACGUGCGACUCCGGCGCCUCGAGGCCGUCUGCGGCGUGGACUCCACAGCCACCCGCAUGUGUUCGAGUGCGACGCUGCCAGCCGUGGCUGCGGCAUGUGCGUCCUUGGAGGUAGCCCAUACGGCGCAGGUGGCGUUGAUUUCGGACCUCCGCGAUACGCUAGAGACAACGCAAAACCAAGUCGGCGCACUCGAAGCGGCGGCGCAAGGAGCCAAGCUCGAUAUGUCGCGUCGCAUUGCCAAAGAAAUCGCGCGGCUCCAAGAAGCCGACGCCCAUGGACUGUGCCAACUCGAGAAGAAGUAUACAACGCUCGUCGAGUCAGUCGAAGCGGUCAAGGCGCUGGCGCAAAGUGCUCAAAACGACGUGCACGCAUUCCAAACGGCCGCGGCCAAGUCCGUGUUGGAUACCUACGAUCGGCGCGUCGCGGGCUCCAUUGAAGCGCUCCAUGCCGACAACCAAGGGCUGCGGGACACACUCCACAAGCACCACGCCACGCUCGUGGAGCAGUCGCGGUCACUUGAAGACUCGGUGCGGUCGCACAACACGUCCUUGUGCAGCCUCGAACACCAACUCCGGCAACUCGCAGCCCACUGCCGUGCCAACGAGCGCGAGCUCGCCGCGCUCAAAGGCCCGUUCAUCACGGAAGUGCGCAACCUCAAGGAGGAAAACUUUGUCAUUCUCGACGAGAUCCGCCGGCAACAGGACAUUUCACGCGAGCUCGUCCUCGACUACAAAGACGCGGUCGGUGCAUCGGCAGGCCCGACGCGCCCACCGACGCUGCCGUCAACGAAUGUGCUGCCAACGACAAGUGCCAACAAGGCGCGGGCCAAAACAGCGCGGCCACAAACGUGCGGCCCGCCUGUCAACUGCGCCAAGCGCUUUGGCGUUGUGCACUCGGCGCGUGAGCCGCGCGAACGCGCCCGCACGGCCGGCGCCAAGCCCAGCCCACGCAGCGAUGGGCCCAUCGUACUGCCCCCGACAAGGACAAAUCAAGCCACGCAGUUCCUUGCGUCGAUCGAAAACAUCUACGAGAAGCAGAAUGCGCAAGAUGAUGAAGAUGACGAUGAAGACCCUGCGUUUGAAUUUGGCCGCACGAGCCCGCGUGAGAAUGGGUUUCUCGUGCGCGAUUUGCCGCACCGCGUCCCGAUGCGCCCGCAGAGCAGCUACGAGUAG